AUGAAAGAAAUCGGCAAGCUGUUCUAUAUCUUUUAUACGUCUGGAUGUAUAGGCCCUGCUUUAGAUGGAAUCAUGGCUGGUGCUAUUGUCAAGAGUCUUGAUGGGGCACGAGGCUUUCAAGGCUAUUGUUACGGAUGCGUCAUUCGUCUUGGCAUGUCCAUCUUAUAUUUCGUGCCUACAAUCCUCAAGACUACGGGCUAUACAAACGUCAUGGCUUGUAUCAUUUUGUCUUUAAUCAGUUCUGCUGUAGCCAAAUCCGCCAUGAUAUGCCUGCUUGUUGUUGGUUUCUAUACGGGCCUACCAAUGAUGUUUAACUGGACAAGCGAGUCGGUCCCAUUCCCAGACCAGAAAAGAUUAGUCGCUAUCGCUUUUGUCAACCCGUUCGGACAUUUGGCUAUCAUUUACGGAAGCUACUUGUGGCCUAGCACUAAUGCUCCUGAGCAUCUUGUCGCCUUUGCAAUUCUAGCCGCUACUUGUGAUUUUGGCUAUCUUAUCGUGGUUGCUGCAACUUGGUAUUUUCAAAUGCUGCUACAGGAACUAGUAACAAGGGCUGAACGGGACUUGACAAUGCUGCAGCGCCUGGACCAGGCGAUGCGGAAAUUAUAG